UGGAGAAUCACUCGGAAAACUAAUGCAGCUUACAUUUCUACUACUACUGCACUACGUAGCCAUUGGUUUUUCCAACAUUUGCCAUUACAGUAAAACUUCUAUAAUCCACGUUGAUGUGGGGAAAUAUAUUGGCAGAUCCUCUCACGCAUCAUACACCAUGAUAAAACAAAUUCGUCUCCUCCAUGAAAAUAAUUAUCAGAUAAUCGCAGAGUCGAGUUUUUAGCCGUGGUAGUCCUCAAAGCCACAAAAAUGUGCAGAUUUUAGGAGUUUUGCCUUGUUUGGCAUUGUACCCACAUAUAUAUGUGUUGUGCAGUACGACCACGCGGAGACGGUAUUUACUUUCAGGGCUGUUGCCGUUUAUUAACACUGUUCACACAACACUGUAACUCACACCAGAGGUAGGUGCUCUCUUUUCUUGGUCCUUAUCCUGGACACCGAACUCUAUAUUGUCCAGCCCUCGGCUAUCUCUUGGGCUCUCUCACUCGUCUGACCAGAGCGAGGGUUAAUCCAACACCGCCCGGCGACGAGGAGAGAGAACCCUCUCUCUCUCUCAGCCGAUUCUUACUGAUAACUCGGGGCCCUGCUCUCGGCUUUCCCUUGGCCCUCCCACUCGUCUGCACGGGAAAGGCGUUCAUCCAACAGCGCCCGGCGACGAGGAGGGAGAGACCUCUUCCAGCCGAUUCUUGCCCUGGUUCCCCACAACGACCACGCCUUCGUCACGGGGUCCCCCUCAAGACACCUUUGGCGGCUCCUCCCCCUAGCUCGGACCCGCCUUUGUUCCCGAAGAAUAUAAAGAAUUUAUUUAAAAUGUUACUGGACGAUGACAUUUUUAUCUCCACAACCAACACUUCAAGUCAAGAAAAUGUCAUAUCAACUGAAGCUCCACAGCCGAACACAUUCAGUCUUGUACAAAACACAAUGUUACCACCCAUAAAAAAUGGAUCACCUUUCAAAAUUCCAUUCCCGUACUGGAUGUUGAUCACGAGCGCUGCUGUAGCUGCGUUGUUUUCGCUCGUCUGCUGCUGUUGCAUUUGGAAAAGCUGCUGCUCAAAGAAAAAAGAAAAGGAAAAGAACACUUUAAAAUUAAAAGAGCCCAAAAAACCCAAGAUGUUCAAAAAUAAGGUGCAGCCAGACUUGGAAGACAUUGAUCCUGGCUUCAUUGAAGACAUCUAUAAAGAAAACACUCUUGGACGUCUGCAAUUCUCGCUGGAUUAUAACCUAAAAACAAGCCAGUUUACUGUGGGAAUCUUGCAGGCAACAGACCUCGCAGCAAUGGACAUCGGAGGCAUGUCCGAUCCAUACGUUAGAGUGUACUUACUCCCUCACAAGAAAAAGAAAUUUGAAACAAGUGUGCACAGGAAAACUUUGAACCCGAUAUUUGAGGAAAAAUUUACAUUUACGGUUCCUUUUGAAGAGCUUGUGGAGCGGGUGUUGGUAAUGGUGGUUUAUGACUUUGACAGAUUUUCCAGACAUGAUAUAAUUGGAGAACUGAGAAUACCUUUGAGCUCAGUGGAUUUAUCACACUCAGUAGAGGAAUGGCGAGAUCUACAAAAAACUGAGAAAGAUGAUCAAGACAGAUUGGGAGAUAUUUGCUUUUCUUUGAGAUAUAUACCAUCAACCGGAAAGUUAACCAUUGUUAUUCUCGAAGCAAAAAACUUAAAGGUCAUGGACGUCAGUGGAGCUUCAGACCCUUACGUCAAAAUCCAAGUCAUGGAGGGAGGAAUAAGACUGAAGAAAAAGAAAACAACUGUCAAGAAAAAGGCACUAAAUCCGUACUUCAAUGAGGCGUUUUCAUUUGAUAUUCCAUUUGAGAACAUAGAGAAAAUCCAGCUGGUUUUCUCAGUGAUGGACUAUGACAGCCUGAGCCGGAAUGACGCGAUUGGGAAGGUGUAUGUGGGCUGUGGAGCCGCGGGCGCCGGCCACCGCCACUGGUCAGACAUGCUCGCCAAUCCUCGCCGGCCCAUCACACAGUGGCAUACAUUGCAGCCUGUGGAGGAGGUCAAGGCCUCGCUGGGGAAGCUGGAUACUCCUCUACCAUAACAUCCGCACCACCCAGAUUAUGGUUUAUCAACAGGUCGACCUCUGUAGUCUCUCAACCUCACUUCACAUAUAUAGUAUAUCAUCGAUUAUCCUGCGGCUUCGGGAGAAGGGAGCGCCGAAUUUUCAAAAACGCCGGAUAAUCACAACAUUUAAAAUACUGCAGCUUAUUUUUGCACGUUCUUGUAUAGCAUGUGUUUAGGUGUUGUGUUUAUGCUCUUGUGCUUUAAAUGUGUUCACUAUAUGAAACUGGCAUAAAUAACCAUCUUGAUUUGAAGCUUUCGUGACUGCAGGAAUCCAUACUCUUUGGUUCUUUCGGUAAAGUCCUAUCUUACAGUUACAGGCUAAUUUCUCACAUUAACAUCAUGCUAA